AUGACUGGAACAAGGAGCAGGUGAGCUGAUUGUAGAAGACAAACAGCUGUGAGAUGUGGAGAACCAGAGGAGCUAAGCGCACAAUGACUGAGGAGAGCAGGAGUGAACACAGGGCUGAGAGCGGGAAGGACCUGGACAAGCAGCUCCGGUUGCGAGUUUGUGUCUUGAAUGAACUUUUAAAAACGGAACGGGAUUAUGUUGGAACGCUGGAAUUUCUCUCGGUGUUUCUCCAUCGCCUCAACCAGUACGCAGCCACCAAAAUCGACAAAAACAUCACAGAGGAAACCGUGAAGGUUUUAUUCUCCAACAUCGAGGAGAUUCUGGUCGUUCACAGAGACUUCCUGUCCAUGGUGGAGGAGCUGCUGCAGCCCGAGCCYCACGCUCACCAUGAAGUGGCACGCUGCUUCUUGCACUUUAGAAGCCGUUUUCAGAUUUAUGACGAGUACUGCGGGAAUCAUGAGAAGGCCCAGAGGCUGCUGCUGGAGCUCAAUAAGAUCAGGAGUGUCAGAACGUGCUUACUGAACUGCAUGUUGUUGGGAGGCAGAAAAAACACAGAAGUACCACUUGAAGGUUACUUGGUGGCUCCUAUUCAGAGGAUAUGCAAGUACCCGUUGCUGCUCAAAGAACUGUUGAAGAGGACCCCUAAGAGGCACAAUGACUACACCYUGGUCCAGGAGUCUCUGCAGCUGAUGAAGGCUGUGUGCUCUAGCAUCAAUGAAGCAAAAAGGCAGAUGGAGAAACUGGAAAUUUUAGAGGAGUGGCAGUCGCAUAUCGAGGGCUGGGAGGGUUCUAACAUCACGGAUACCUGCACCGAGAUGCUGAUGCAGGGUGUCCUGUUAAAGAUCUCAGCUGGAAACAUACAAGAGAGGAGCUUCUUCUUGUUUGACAAGCUUCUGGUGUACUGCAAGAAGAAAAACAGGCGUUUGAAAAACAGCAAAGCAUCCACAGAGGGUCCACGCUACCUGUUCAGAGGAAGAAUAAACACUGAGGUGAUGGAGGUGGAAAAUGUGGACGAUGGCACAGCUGACUAUCACAGCAGCGGAAACAUUGUGAACAAUGGCUGGAAGAUCCACAACACGGCCAAGAACAAGUGGUUCGUCUGCAUGGCCAAGACCCCCGAGGAGAAACAGGAGUGGCUGGAGGCCAUCAUGAAAGAAAGGGAGCGGAGGAAAAGCCUGAGGCUCGGCAUGGAGCAGGACACCUGGGUGAUGGUCUCAGAGAAAGGAGAGAAGCUCUACAACCUUAUGACCAAAGGAAACCUCAUCAAGGACCGAAAACGCAAGCUUACCACCUUCCCUAAAUGCUUCCUGGGAAUUGAGUUUGUGUCCUGGCUGAUGGAAAUCGGUGAGACAGGCAACCAAGAGGAAGGCGUCCACCUGGGUCAAGCUCUGCUGGAAAACGGCAUCAUCCACCACGUCACAGACAAACACCAGUUCAAGCCUGAGCCUGUGUUGUACCGCUUCCGCUUUGAUGAUGGCACCUAUCAUCCAAGAACUGACAUGCAUGAUGUCAUAGCCAAGGGUGUUCGGCUCUUUUGUCGUCUUCACAGCCUCUUUACUCCUGUCAUCAGGGAUAAGGACUAUCAUUUGCGGACCUACAAAUCAGUGGUCAUGGCUAACAAGCUUAUAGACUGGCUUAUAGCACAGGGGGACUGCAGAACGAGAGAUGAAGCGGUGWUCUUGGGGGUAGAGCUUUGCGACAAUGGCUUCAUGCAUCACGUGUUGGAAAAGAGCGAAUUCAAGGAUGAGCCUUUGUUGUUCCGUUUCUUUGCUGAUGAGGAGAUGGAGGGAUCCAACACUAAACACAAACCGCUGAAGCACGAUUUGAAAAUAGUUGAAAAUGUCAUCACAAAGUCUCUCCUGAUAAGACCAAGUGACGGAAGCUAUGGCUUUACUCUGGAAGAAAGAAACCGUGUACCCAUCAUCAAAUCUGUGGAGAAAGGCUCCCCAGCUGAGAUGGCUGGCCUGGAAGUGGGGAAGAAGUUGUUUGCCAUAAACGGAGACCUGGUGUUCCUGCGUCCUUUCUCUGAAGUGGAAGUUGUCCUCAGGCAAUGUUUCAACAACAAGGGACCCCUUAGGGUGUUGGUCAGCACCAAGCCAAGAGAGACGAUAAAGAUCCCGGACUCUGCUGAUGGGUUGGGCUUCCAGAUUCGAGGAUUUGGGCCCUCUGUGGUUCAUGCUGUUGGAAGAGGCACGGUGGCUGCCACCGCCGGUCUCCACCCGGGCCAGUGCAUCAUCAAGGUAAACGGCAUCAACGUGAGCAAAGAGAGCCACGCCAGUGUCAUCGCUCAUGUCACCGCGUGCAGGAAGUACAGGCGACCGACCCAGCAAGACACAAUUAAGUGGGUUUACAACAACAAUGAGAGUGCUGAGGAGGAAAACCGGAAAACUAACCAGAAACCCACCCCUGAGGAGAACGGAGACGGCUUUGACUGCAAAGUAGAAGAAGUGAUGGACAAAUUCAAUACAAUAGCCAUCAUUGAUGGGAAGAAAGACCACGUAAGUCUGACCGUGGACAAUGUCCACYUGGAGUACGGCGUGGUGUACGAGUAUGACAGCACAGCUGGCAUCAAGUGCCACGUUCUGGAGAAAAUGGUUGAACCGAAAGGAUUCUUCAGCCUCACGGCUAAGAUCCUGGAGGCGCUGGCACGUAACGAUGACCUGCUGGUGCAGAUGUGCGGCAGRUUGAGUUCCAGCUGCGACGUGAUACCUGAGGAAAUACAGGUACGCUUCAAUGCCAUGUGCAGUGAGAGGGUGGAGCACAUCAACCGACGCAUCACCAACUACAGAAAGUUUUCUAGGGUGCUAAAGAACAGAGCCUGGCCCACCUUCAAGCAAGCCAAGGCCAAGGUCUCCCCCCUCCACAGCAGCGACUUCUGCCCAACAAACUGCCACAUAAAUGUGCUGGAGGUGUCCUACCCCAAAACCACCACUUCUCUGGGCAGUGCCUUCGGCGUGCAGCUGGACAGCAGGAAGAACRCUCCGGAGAAGAGCAGGCGCAGCUCUGCGGAGAACGGUAAGCUGAACCCCACGGUGAGUGUCCAGCAUACCAUCACCACCAUGGCCGCUCCUUCUGGUCACAGCCUGGGUCGUACAGAGGGACACGGGCUUCGUUUUCUCCUCAGAGAAGAUGACCUGCUCACCCUGGAUGCCUAUCAGAAACUUCUUUAUAAACUCACUGCUGCUGUUCAGGAGAUGGAAACGCACGGUGCUCACAUUCAUGACCUUCUAUCUUCCAUCACCUACCCUCCAGCGUCAGAGGCGGGGCACCCAGAGAGCUACAUUUCUGCAGAAAGUGAAGGAGAGAGAGGUGAGAGGAAUGGGAAGAAGGUGUGUUUCAAUGUGGCGGGAGACGAGCAGGAGGACUCCGGACACGACACAAUCAGCAACAGAGACUCGUACAGCGACUGUAACAGCAACAGGAACUCCAUCGCCUCCUUCACCAGCAUCUGCAGCAGUCACUGCAGCUCCUACCUUCACAGCGACGAGAUGGACUCAGGAGAUGAGAUGCCCUCUAGUGUGUGGCUGUCCCAUGACAAGCAGAAGAAACUUCAAAGCUUUCUGGAGCAUCUGUUUAGCCAGGUGGAUUCAAUCAGCAGCAUGCUGAGAGGAGCGGUGGUGGCUCGGUCCUUUGAACAGACCAAGUGUUUCAUGCCUGGAAGAGGAAUACAAGAGUUCCAGCAGGAGAUGGAGCCCAGGGUAAACUGCACCAAAAAGAUGCGUCUCCAUGUCAAACAGGACCCGUGGAAUCUUCCCAACAGCGUUCAGGCGCUGACGCAAACCAUGUCCAAAUACGUUGAGGAGGUGAAGACACGACUACUCUUGGUGCUACUGCAGUACACGGACUCAGAGAUCCAGUUACGUCGAGACAUGGUUUUCUGUCAGUCUUUAGUUGCAGCGGUGUGUGCUUUCUCAGAGCACCUGCUGGCUGUCCUCAACCAGUUCCACAACGUAGGAAAAGAGCUGGACCAGGACUUCCCAGACUCUCAGGAUCUUCAAGAAGCCAGCCACCGGUGGCUGGAGCAGAUCGAGAGUGCCGGCCUACUGUUUCUCUUCCAGUCCCUCCUCUCCCCUAAUCUGACUGACGAGCAGGCCAUGCUAGAGGACACUCAGGUGGCUCUGAUAGAUCUGGAGAAAGUCACUUUCUACUUCCAGCAAUUUGAAGGAGAACCACUUGUUGCCAAUAUGCCCAUUUCAUACCAGGUGGAAGGCACCCGCCAGGCCUUGAAGGUCUGCUUCUACCUUGAGAGCUGCUACUUCUCCCUGCUGCCUUACAGGCUGAAGAACGGAGGUGGAGUCAAAAUCUUCCCAGUACUCUUUACACAAGCACUGGAGAGUAUGGAGGGAUACUACUACAGAGACAACGUCUCCGUGGAGGAAUACCAGGCCCAAAUUAAUGCUGCUUCRCUGGAGAAGGUCAAACAGUACAACAAGAGACUGAGGGCUUUUUUCCUCGAUCAGUCCAAUGUGCCACCGAGCGCUGCUCCCAAAGCUGCCCUAAUAGAUAAGUUAAUGCGGCCCCUGAAUGCUCUGGAGAAACUCUACCGUCUGAUGGAGAGUUUCAUCAGCUGCCGCCGCACUGCUGCCUGUCAGAACACCGCCUGCGGGGCCUCGGGAGUCGGGCUGCUCACUGUGGCUUCUGAGCUCUGCUCCCGUCUGGGGGCCACACACGUCGUCAUGUGCAACAGCGGUGUUCAUCGCUGCACUCUGAGUGUGACACUGGAGCAGGCCAUCCUGUUGGCCCGGAACCACGGCCUUCCGCCUCGCUGCAUCAUGCAGGCCACUGAUGUCAUGAGGAAACAGGGAGCAAGAGUUCAGAAUUCUGCCAAGAACUUGGGAGUGAGAAAUCGAACCCCGUCGUCAGUCCCGAGGUUGUACAAGCUGUGCCAGCCUCCACCCGCAGACGGGGACCCAUAAUGCAUUGCUCUCAGGAAGGUGCUGSAGAAGUCUCCAGGUUCAACGUUUUCCCUCCAUCCAUAUGUUAAUCUGAUUAAAGAUGUUUUAUAUAUGUGCAGACUAUCUGCCUUCAAUGUAAAUAAAGUUUCCUUUAGUAAAUAUUAUAUUUUUAACUCUUGUACUGUAUACAUAUAUAUGUAUUUUAAUGUCAUAGACUAGACAGUGACUUGGUGACAAAUUAGUUCAAUAAAAAUACUUCCUUUCACUGAAAUAAGCUUUGUUUUUAUGAAGACCAUUUGCUUUUGUUAGGUUAAAUUGCAUAUGAAGUAAAAAAAAUAAGGAUACUGGGUGUAAUUUGGCAUAUUUGUCAAAAUCAGCUGUUUAUUUGCCUCAUUUUCAUAUUUUGUCAUUUCUUUCUUUAAGCACAUAAAUGGGUUUUUUUACAUCAUGCUGUAAAAAUGCAUAUUUUAGCCAAACGGUUAAAAGAUUUAUUAUAUUGUUUUGGAGACUAAGAGUGCUGCAUGCAGAUUCCCAAUCAUUUCACAUUAUUAAUGCGGUUGUUUCUGAGCAUUAUUGUGUUUUUCACAUAAACAGCACUCAGGAUUAAAGCAUCUCUGACUCAUAUUUUGGACGGAACUCACCACUAUGCAAACAGAGAUGAUUAAAUACACAAAUAAGCUCUAGUACUGUUCACAAAUAUGUUUCUGAGCAAAAAGGAUUAUUUUUGUUCUGCAUAUUUCCUUUCAAACUAAAAUGCUGACAUGUAAACAGUUUGUAAAAUAUAUUAAAGCAGAUAAGUCAUUUUA